CUGUGUCACAGCAGCAUCGGUUCCCCCCCAAAACAGUUUAAAGAGGAGGAGGGACGCAGCGACACAGUCCAGCAGAGAGACGCUGUACAAACGAGAGAUUUGAAUGUUUUUUAGACGGCUUCAUUCAUAACGUGUAGGUAGAAGCUGUGGCUGCAGAGUAAGAGAAACAAGGGCCUGUAGAGAAGAAGAAAAAAAAAAGAUUCACACACGCUCUCUAAUUGUGGGUGUGUCCAGAGCUAUAAGUGCCUUCGCUCUUACCUGUGUUACUUAUAUCCUGCAUGAGGCUCAGAGCAGACACUCACCUGUCAGACGGCAAACACCUGAUCUGCACUCAGAGCGAACAACUCCACAACUCCAGAUGUCGCCGACCUCAAAUCUCUGCCUGCUGGUGCUUCCAGUGAUGUCACUGCUGCUCUUCUCUCCUAUUGGUUGGAGCUACGACAGCCUCACCCCAGGGUGCCACCUUUACCCCUUCAACGUGACGAUCCGCAGCGACCGUCGCGGCACCUGUAAAGGCACCCACCUGGUCUACGCCUGCGUGGGCUACUGUGAGUCCAGCGCCUUCCCGUCCAGAUACUCGGUGCUGGUGGCCUCCAACUUCACCCACAACAUCACCUCGGCUUCACAAUGCUGCACCAUCAGCAAGGAUGCCAAGGUCAAAGUUCGUCUGGACUGCCCUCGAGGUCGCCACCACGACGAAAUCGAGAUCCUGACGGCGAAGGCUUGUCGCUGCGACAUGUGCCGCAAAUCCCGCUACUGACCCGUCAACGCUGGAGCAAAACCACAUCACAGAUUAGUCAGUUCAGCGCUAGAAGAUUCAGCAAAUAACUUUCCUUUUUGUGUCCAUGUCUUUUGAGUGUUGAAGUUUAAAUUUGCGUAUUACUGUCUAAACCAGGGUUUCCUUCAGAACAAGGUGUGUGUAUGUUGAUGUAAAAUGUGAUGUGAGGGAGGCUGUUCUAGAAAACUUGAUCGAUCCACUUUGACUUAAAGGCUGUAGAAACUGUUCUGUCACACACAUGACAAACAAACUGAACUUUUACUCAACUUAGUUUAGCUUUGAGGCUUGAAACACACUUUGCAAGCAGGUAGAAAUAAAAAGAAAACAUCUCGCAUCAUUUUUACUAAGUGACUCCACAGCAAAAGUACAUUAAAAUCAAUCAGACUCACUGUAACAGAUGGUUAAGACGGUUAAAUCAC